CCAAAACUCGAGAAAUAAUAUGGAGGUAGCGCAAGUUCUUCACAUGAAUGGCGGAGACAGCAAAUCAAGCUACGCAAACCACUCACUGCUUCAAAGAGCUGUGAUUUCGACGGUGAAGCCUAUAGUAGAGGCAAGCAUAGAGGAGCUCUGCAGCAAUCUCUUCCCGGAGUGUCUGAAAAUAGCAGACUUGGGAUGUUCUUCGGGACCCAAUACCCUUCUGGUGGUAUCAGACAUCAUAAACAAUAUCCAGAACACGUUUCGGAAGCUCGACCGUCCACCGCCGUCGCUCCAAGCAUUCUUGAAUGACCUUCCGCGGAACGAUUUCAACACGGUGUUCAGGUUACUGCCUGGAUUCUAUAAGAAGCUCAAUGAAGAACAUGAGAACAAGGGUUCUUAUUUCAUUGCAGCAAUGCCUGGUUCCUACUAUGGGAGGCUCUUCCCGGACAACUCUCUUCAUUUUGUUCAUUCUUCAUAUGCUCUCAUGUGGAUCUCUGAGGUUCCGAAAGGGUUGGUAACAGAAGGAGGAGAGGGACUGAACAAGGGGAACAUAUACAUAGCGAAGACAAGCACACCAGCUGUGUUUCAUGAAUACUUUGAACAAUUCAAAAGGGACUUUACAGUCUUUCUGAGGUCUCGGGCACAAGAGCUAGUCCCGGGAGGUAGUAUGGUCCUCACAACCAUGGGCAGCAUAAAGAGCAAUGAUCCCCACUGCAUUUGGGAAUUCGUCGGAUCAAAACUUUAUGACAUGGUCUUAGAUGGUUUGAUUGAAGAGGAAAAAUUGGACACAUUCAAUCUGCCGUAUUAUGCACCAACAAUGGAUGAGGUGAAAGAGGUGAUAGAGGCGGAAGGUUCUUUUACUUUGCAAAACCUCGAAGUUUUUAGAAAUGACUGGGACUCUUAUAUAAAACAAACCAACAGUAGCUUUGACAAGAAGUCGAGGGCAGCAAUACUAUCCACUGACAUAAGAGCCGUGGGAGAGCCUAUUCUGGCCAGCCAUUUCGGAGAGGAAACCAUGGAUGAUUUGUUUCGCAGGUUUGAAGAAGAUGUUCUUGAUCACAUGGAAAAGGAGAACUGCCAGUUCAUUAACCUUGUUAUCUCGUUAACUAAGAAGUGUUGA